AAGCAGGGCCCUCCUCCCUCCCUCCCCGCCCUGCUCUUGGCGAGGCACUGGCCUCCCUUCGUGCGCGGUCCAGCUCGGAGUCGCUCAGCUCCAGAGAGGGACUUCUUGCGAGGAGAAGAGGCGAGAAGGGGAGCGUCGCGCGUUCCCAGGGCCCGUCUCCUUGCUUUCCGUGCUUCCCCUCGAGGCUGGGGGGCCGCGGGCGAGGGCGAGCCACGCGGGGCCGCGGGAGGGCGCCCAGGGGAAGCCCCCCAGCCCUGGCAGGCCCCCCAGGGAUGGCGAUGGCGGCGGCGGGAGGCAUCGCCACGCUGCCCGCUUUGCCCGACGGCGGAGGAGGAGGAGGGGGCGGAGGGGGAGGCGGUGGGAGCGGGAGCGGCGGCCCUUUCCCCCCGGGACACUUCAAGGACCCCAAGCGCCUCUACUGCAAGAACGGGGGCUUCUUCCUCCGGAUUAACCCCGACGGCGGAGUGGACGGCGUCCGAGAGAAGAGCGACCCCAACAUCAAAUUGCUGCUCCAGGCAGAGGAGAGAGGUGUAGUGUCCAUCAAAGGUGUAUGUGCAAACCGCUUCCUGGCUAUGAAUGAAGAUGGACGAUUGUUAGCACUGAAAUAUGUAACCGACGAAUGCUUCUUUUUUGAACGCUUGGAAGCUAAUAAUUACAAUACUUAUCGGUCUCGUAAAUAUCGUGAUUGGUACAUUGCACUGAAACGAACUGGUCAGUACAAACUUGGACCAAAAACUGGACGAGGCCAGAAAGCUAUCCUUUUCCUUCCAAUGUCCGCCAAGAGUUGAUUUCAGUUGCGGAGUGUAUGAAAUGCAGAUGGUAGUAAUCCCCAUCCCCACACAACAGAAAAAAUGUGACCGGUAUUUCCCAGGAUAAAUUGCAUUUGUGGACUGAUCUCGAAAUAUUACUUAGGCAAAAUUAUGUAUGUAGUAGACUUCAAAACAGUUUUGAUAUCCUAGAACCAUUGUGCCUUUUGCAGAUGUAUAAAUUGUGUGUACAUGUGUGUAUUGAAUGUGACAGGAUGGAGAACUUAUGCAUUUAUUUCCAGUCAAAUACUAUAUUCAUUUUUUUACUUGAUGCGUUGGGAAUAGACAAAGAAAAAUAUAUAUUAAAAUUUGCAUAGUUUAAAAAUAUUUAGCAUUGUAUGUGAAAUAAUAUAUAUUUGUAAGGAAUUUAAUCUGGAAUAAUAUACAUAUGCAUUUUACUAC